AUGCGGAAGUUUGAUCUCUCCAUAUCUGGAGCUGAAGCAAAUUCUCUUCUAUGCGUUGGCAAUGAUGCAACUGGUAUUGCUGGUACUUAUUCUUUCUCUAUGUGUCAUGGAUAUUUUUAUCACAUGGAUGCAGCUGGUAUUGCUGAUACUUUUUCUUUCCCCAAUGUGAGAAUGUUUGGAUUAUUGCUGGCAGUUUUGGGAAUAUGUGGGAUCAUACUAGUUGGGAGUUUGAAAAUAACCUAUAGUUCCAUGCGCCGAAUGUUUGUUGGAUUCUUGAGUUGUGCUUCUCUGAUUUCAAUGUUUGCCUCUCCAUUGUUUAUAAUCAAAUUGGUCAUUCGCACGAAGAGUCUCGAGUUUAUGCCAUUUUGUCUUUUGCUUUCCACAUUCCUAAUAAGCGCCUCAUUCCUUCUUUAUGGGUUGCUCAGUGAUGAUGCUUUCUUUUAUGUAAGAGUCUUUUUUCAGCUCAUUUUUUUCUGUUUCUUUCUGAAAUAUUCAUUUUAG